AAAGAUUUAAUGGUGAAGACAGUGAUGUCAUGGUUCAGGAAUAAUGCUCGUAGUCAUGUCAGAGUACAGAGUUAAUAAACAUAGUUAUGUCACAGUAUGGCGAUAAAUGCAGUUAUGUCACACAGAUACAUUCUUCAUAAUGAACAACAGGAGAGCAAUUCCGUGGGAAAACACAAGUAGCCCUGAAGACACACAAUGCAAAUGUUCUUGCAGAAGCCCACUGGAAUCACCACAAACUCUUAUAACUCUUCCAUCCACUAUAGCUAUGAAUGACCUAAAUAUUAAUGGUGAUGAUGGGCCAGGAGCUCUUUCAGAUACAGCUUCCACAGAAGAAGAAAUUAAAUCAUUUAUAGAAAAUAAUAUAAAGGCCCUUUCAGUCCUAAUAGCCAAGGGAUGUCAGCACAUCAACAAGCCCAUGGAAGACGCUCAACACCCCUUACAGACCAGAGGUUUGAGGGAACUCAAAACUGAAUUUGCAUUAAAGAUGGAGCAGCUAAAACGAGUAGUAGAAGAUCUUUCAGCUAAUGAUACUCCAAAUGAUUUUACCAAAGAUGAACUCUACAGCUUGAUAAGAGGAAUAAAAGAUGAAGACUGGAUUCACCUGAUGAGAAUUCUUAUCAAUGAGACAGAGAUUGAGACGUGUGAAAGACACUACUCCAAUAGACGGGAGCAGAAAUACCAAAUGCUGCAGAUCUGGCUCCACAAAGAAGCCGUGAAGAACCACAGAGGCCAGCUCACAUAUGCUUUAGGGCUCAUCGAAUAUGAGCAACUUGCUGCAACGUUUAGUAGUAGGUCCACCCGAUCUGCUCCUCCACAUUUCCUCCAAGUAUGUUCACACACAAAUACUUUUUAGACACCAAAUGAAAAAAUUUUGCACUUGCAGUUUCCCAAAAUAGAUCUCCACCAGAAUGAAGAAAAAUAUAUAAUGGUCAAACCAGAAGACAUUUGCACAACUUAAUGGUUUGUGAUGCACUGACGUACAAGCAUAGACAGGAAUGGUGCUAUUUCUGGGGGAAAAACAAUAUGAAGGACAUUAAUCAUUGUAUUUACAUAAUUUUUUCAUGUAUAAAUGUGUCGCAAAUUGUGUAAAAAUAUUAGCUUUUUUUUUUUUUUUUUACUUCAGGCCUUUUGCCAAAUGUGUGUUACUUUUGCAGUGGUUACUGAUUUUUCAUAUGCAACUUUUUUUGUAAAAAAAAAAGGCAAACAAAUUACAGCAACAGCGAAGAAUGGGGGAAGAACACAUGAGGUACGCACAGAUAAAUGGACAUACAGUGGUACAUUUUCCCCUUAUAUCUUAUACUCACUUAAUGGUGUUUCUGCAUUAACACUUUCAGUGCUUACAAAUGGCCAUUUCUAUUAUCACAUCUAAGCAUCAGAAGAUAAGUAGUGUUGAGCGGCAUAGGCCAUAUUCGAAUUCGCGAAUAUUCGCGAAUAUAUGGACGAAUAUUCGUCAUAUAUUCGCGAAUAUUCGCAUAUUCGUUAUAUUCUCGUUUAUUUUCGCAUAUGCGACAAUUUACAUAUGUGAAUAAUAACAUAUACAAAAUUAGCAUACGCGAAGAUUCGCAUAUGCGAAAAUUUGCAUAUGCUCAUUUUCGUAUAUGCGAAUUUUCGCACGCCAGUCUCACACAGUAGUAUUAGAGCCUUCUUUACACCACACAAGCUGGAAGCAGAGAGGGGUGAUCACUGUGAUGUGUACUGUGAGAAAAAAAAAAAAAAAACGAAUAUUCGUAAUUACGAAUAUAUAGCGAUAUAUUCGCGAAAUUCGCGAAUUCGCGAAUAUGCGAUAUUCGCGAAUAAUAUUCGAAUUGCGAAUAUUCGUGAGCAACACUAAAGAUAAGUAAAAAUUGGAAAUUUCAGUCCAACUUCCCAUAUACAAUCACAUUAUUUCCUCCCUCAGUUAUAAACAUUCCUCUAUGUUCCAUGUCAUUUUACUGGGUUGUUAUUUACGUUAUUGUACAUUAGUCUUUUGAAACCUUCUAUUGUAUCAUAUAAGUUUUUGGACUUAAAGGAGAAGUAUCAUGGAAGAAAACUUAUCCCCUAUCCUUCGGAUAGGGGAUAAGUUUUAGAUCGCAGGGGAUCCCAGCACUGGGGCCCCCCGCGAUCUCCUGUUUGGA